AUGAUCUUACAGGCUAUAUCUUAUGCUGGGACUAUCCUAGGAUUUAUCUUUUUGACCCUAUCAAUUGCUGCAGGUCUAUAUUAUAUCAGUGAAUUAGUCGAGGAAUAUUCAGAACCAACAAGAAGAUUCUUGACUAAAUCAAUAUAUGGGGUUAUCGGUGUUCUUAUACUCCUACUCCUAUUUGAUAGAUUUCCAGUUAAAUUGACUCUUUUUGCAAUAUUCUCACAUAUCGUAUAUUUACAGAACUUAAAGAAAUUUCCAUUCAUUAAUCUUACUAGUCCAAUCUUUAUUUUGAGUUGUAUCUUUGUUGUGACAAAUCAUUACUUAUGGUUCCAAUACUUUAAUAAAGUUGAAAUCCCCCCUCAAUUUAGAUACAACCCAAAUUAUAUCCCUGAAAGAAGAGCCACCUUCACUGAAGUGGCAUCCUUUUUUGGAAUUUGUAUCUGGUUUAUCCCAUUUACCUUAUUUGUAUCUCUAUCUGCAGGUGAUUAUGUGUUACCUACUACUACAGAAAUGAAGAAUUUAAAAGAUUCUGAUAUUGCAUUUAACAAUAAAGAGACUCCUAGGUUCCGUAAGAAGACUGUCGGUUUAGCUAGAAUGGUCAUUAAUAAGAUUAGAUAUUAUAUUACUUUUGGGCUUAAAAUAAUGGGAUUUAAAGUCAAGGAUCGUUAUUCAAAUUAUAAUGAAUUAGCUAUCUGA